GGUGAGUGUUUUUAACAUCAGUAUUUUUCAUUUCUUGAGAAUGUCUGAAAGUACAGGGCGGUCGUUGGGUCAGAUUCCAGGAGCGAAAACAAUCAUUAUGUACAGGAACGGCGAUGCUUUUUAUCCUGGAAGAAAGUUUGUCGUCAACCAACGCCAAACGUCGACUUUCGACAGUUUCCUCAGCUUGGUUACUAGGGGUAUUCAGGCUCCUUUAGGAGCAGUGCGAAAGAUCUACACCCCUAGAGAGGGCCACAGAGUUCUGGAUUUGGGAGAGCUCAUACAUGGGGAGGGAUAUGUCGCAGCUGGAACCGAACGGUUGAAAAAAAUCGAUUACUGUCAUAUAACAACAAAGAGACCACAAAGAAAGAAAAAUAAACAGAUUCGACCUGUGGUUCACAGCAAAAUAAUUGUCCCGGCACGCUGGAGGGAAACCAUUAAUGAGCCAUGCAGCAUCAAUGUUUUUAGCAAUGGGGAUAUCUUGGUUCCUCCAGCUCGGAUCCUGCUGCCAAAAUAUACACUCACCAGCUGGGAGGGCGUGCUGGCCACGGUAACCGAGAAAGUGCACCUCCGCGCCGGAACCGUGCGCAGGUUGUGCAGGCUGGAUGGGACUCCGUUAUGUGGAGCAGCUGAGCUCAAGAACAACCAAUAUUAUGUUGCUGUGGGGGCGGAGAAAUUCCGCUAUUUGCCUUAUUUUCACUGGGUUCCAAACAAAGGAGUAAUCCUAGACUUCAACGAUGCCAUCCAUAAUGGUAUUCUUCCCCCCUUAAAGAAAGACAAGCACCCAAGAGAUGUGCUCACCCAUCCACCAGAAGACACUGGCGACUCCCACUUCUAUGCCAGGCCAGAGGGAGGCAAACAGCCAAGGCGCGCCUCGAAGGUCCCGCACCGUUUCACUGGGCAGAAGGACAGUGUGUUCCGAGUCACAGAGAAAAGGAAGGAAAUGGUCGGAGCAUCUGAAGUCCAAGAGGAUGGAAGUGUGAAGGUGGAACUGCCCAUAGAUCAGAUGGAAGCCAAAGUGGUUGAAGAGGAACAAAACGAAUACAAAUAUUCCCAACUUGAGACUGGGGGUCAGAGCCCUAACAGAGACUUCCACAGAGGUUAUGAUGUGAACUGGACUACAGCCUAUAAGACCGUAAACGGCUCAGCUGCAGAAGAGUUAGCGACAAACCCUCCCAUGCCCAGAGGAACGAGCGCCAAGGCUGGCCUAGAGCCAGAGUACAAGACAAAAGCAAACAGUAACAGCCUUCAGAGCAAAAAGGAGAGGCGAUGAUGGACCUUUAUUUUUUUUUAACAAGAAAUGACAUGGGAGGACCUGGAGAGCCACUGUACAUAUUCAAGCCACACAAUCCUCACAUUCACCCAUACCCACUUGAAGGAAAUGAAAGAGUGUUGUAAACCAAAUACAAAAGCUUCACUCUGGCAGAGUCACUGUAAAAGGAAUUUCUUGUAUAAGGAAAGUAUUGGAUAAUUACGAUUUGCUAUGAAUAUUGCAUGCACCCUAACACUCAGUGCAUAGUAAGUUGCCUAAUUGCAGGAAUUAAUUAUUAAGAAGGAGAGGUCUUGAAUGGCCACAUGGUGGCAUUUUUGAUAAAUUAUCUUAUGUAUUCCUUUUUUUAAUAUGAUGAUCUUUUAGAGGUGGGGAGGUUUUGACAUUAUGCUAAAUCAGCAUGCUCUGUGCAGAGGAUGAUAACUGCUCUACAGAGAGGCUUGGUAUCCCUCAAGUGGGAUUACUCAACUGAUUAAAGCCAAUAGAAUCAUCUAACAACAUUGCUGUGCUGGAGCAGAGCAACAAAUUAAACAUGCUACUCACAGGCUAGUUGGUAUGUAGAAUGAGGGCUUGUCAUUGACCUGCAGGUCAUGGUUUAAUAUCUUUGUUUAACAUGUUCACAGUAAUGAGGAAUACGAAAACAAGGCUUUAUCUUCCCUUACUUCCAACUCUGUAAUUGUGCUGCUACUUUACUAUGUAAAUAAAGUGCUUU